ACAUGCAAUAAUUUUCUAUAAAAAUUUCUUGUUACACAUAUACAAUGUGCGAUUACUGCUCUUGGAUCGAUCAGAUUUUAGCGCGGAUCAAUGCCGAGGCAAAGCCGGAGGAAAAGAAGCAUCAAAUUCAUGUAGAUCCUAUUAUAAUAGUUCAUGGAGGUGCAGGAAGAAUACCACGAAAGAAACGGGAACGUAUGCUUUUCGAGGUCAAAAAUGCAGCGAUAGAAGCGUACAGCGCCCUUAUCAAUGGUAAAUCAGCAGUAGUGGCAGUAGAAAAAGCAAUUUCGUACAUGGAAAGUCGGUCAUUGUUUAAUUGUGCUAAAGGAGGUUCUUUAGAUAUUAAUGAUGAAGUUGUUACUGAUGCUGCAAUCAUGACUGUAAAUGAUGCCGGUUGUGUGGGUGCUGUUCGUGACAUAGAACAUCCUAUCUCCCUAGAUCUAUUAUAUAGCAAGAAAAGUGUUAGAAAAUACAGACCACGUGCUAAUCGUUGAAAAUGGAGCUCAGAAGUUUGCCUUGGAUAACGGAAUUCCAAUUUUACCGCCGGGAACACUGAGCAUGCGCGAAUCCGUAACGUCAUACAAUUCGGGUGAAUACAAGUCGUAUGGGUCUUGCACAAUGUCCGACUGUCCAAAUUAUUU